AUGGAAAUUAACCAAACACAUAGAUAUUACUUUGAAAAGUACCCAAAAGAGGGAAAGGUUGUUAUCGGGAGAAUAAAAAGCUUUUCCGACAUUGGAGCAUAUAUCACACUGCCAGAAUACAACGAUAUCGAGGGCCUGAUUAUCUACAGCGAGCUAACAAAGAAAAGAACAAGAAAUAUACAAAAAUUAAUAAAGGUUGGAACUCUUGAAGGCUUUCUUGUUUUGAAAGUGGAUAGAGAGAAGGGGUACAUUGAUCUAAGUAAAAAAAGAGCACAGUACGAGGACAAAGUGGAGGCCUUUGAGAAGUACUAUAAGGGGAAAAUAGCACACAACUUCAUGCAGAGUAUAUCAGUUAAAUGCAACUGCACGCUGGAGACUCUAUACACAAAGUUUGCCUGGGAGGCAGAGAAGGAGUUUGGCUCGUUGUACAAGUGUUUUAGAGAGGUGCUCUUUGGAGAAAGCGUCCUGCAGAACAAGCUAGAAAGAACUGACUUUAUUACAGACGACCUUCUGAAGGACAUUGAGGAGCUGGUGAAGCAGAAGUUUGUGGUGCCCAAAGUAAAGGUGCGGGCAGAUGCCGAAACAAAGUGCAACAAAGGAAAUGGGGUGCUGGUUAUCAAGGCUAUUCUUAUGAAGAUUGAAAAGGAAUACCCAGAGGUUGAUGUAUCUUUGAUAUCCUCUCCAGUCUUUUCUUUUUCGCUUAUGUGUGAGGAUGGCGAGGUGGGCAUUAAAGUUCUGAAGGAUCUUUUGGUAAAGCUUGAGACAAGAGUUAUACAGGACCAGAGCGAGUUCAAGCUUGUAUUAGAGCCCGCUGUAUUUGGGCCAAAACCACAAUUUGAUGAAGAAAAUGAUGAGUCAGAUGACAAUUCAUCCUCCAUGUCCAACUAA